AUGAAAAGUUUGAUUAGCCCACGUCUGAGGUUCCAUACCGGAACAGGUGGGAUUUUGAGAUAUUGCUCAAGGCAAAUUUUGGGGGUUUUCUCUUCAGCUGUUGGAGUUCUAUGGGCGUAUGAAGCAGAGCUUAAAGCUAUCUUAAAUGCCUUAAUAUUCUGCAAGCAAUUUCAAGUCAGGAAUCUAAUAAUUGAAUCGGACUCUGCUCUCACCGUGGAGUGGGUUAAUUCAGAUCAAAACAGGCCAUGGAAGCUUAACCAAGAUUUAAUACAACUUGAUAUGCGGAUGUCUGAUGUGGGAUGCCUUGGGGUUAAUCACAUUUACAGGGAGGCAAAUAACCAUGCUGAUAAACUGGCAAAAUCAGGAGCUCACAGAGCCAAUCGAAUUUGGGCAAAAUUCUGA